AGCGAUCUGAUUCAACAAUAGAUGAACAGAACGAAUCGAGUUGAAGGGAUGGAUUCUUCACAAAAUACGUCUUCUGCUGCUGCAACUGGGAAUGGCGCUAUCACCCAAACCAACGUUGCUGACGAUCCAAAGCAGAACCUCAACCAAGUCAUCUUCUCUAUACAGAAGACUCUUGGUCUUCUCCAUCAGCUCCACCUCACUGUUUCCUCUUUCAACAUCGCUUCUCAACUCCCUCUCCUGCAACGCCUGAAUGCUUUGGUUUCGGAGCUUGACACAAUGCAGAGAUUGGCAGAAAAUUGCAACAUUCAGGUUCCUAUGGAGGUGAUUAAUUUAAUCGAUGACGGGAAGAACCCGGAUGAAUUCACGAGGGAUAUUAUCAAUAGCUGCAUCUCUAGAAAUCAAAUCACCAAAGGCAAAACUGACGCGUUCAAGGGUUUGCGUAAGCAUCUAUUGGAGGAGCUUGAACAGACAUUUCCUGAUGAAGUGGAAGCUUAUAGGGAGAUACGUGCAACUUCUGCUGCUGAAUCAAAACGGCUUGCACAAUCACAGAGUAUUUUACCAAAUGGAGAUGUGAAGGUUAAGACUGAGCAUUAAGCGGAAGUUUGUUUGGAAUCAGGUUCCCAUAGUUGUAUCUGUUUCACCAUGGCCGUACUUGAUAUCAGUUUUCACUCGUGGAUAUGUUGAUCCUCUGUAGAAGCGGUGGAGACUUGAAAUUCCUUCUGAUUGUAUUGUAACAAUAAGUUUUAGGAUAUUGCUGAGAGACUGGUGUCAACCAAUAUCUCUAUGGGUACUUCUUGUACAUAUAUUCAUUGGUAAUUUUUUUUUUCUUUGAAUUUGAAUAGUUAUGCCCCAAGGAUAGUUGAACUCAUGACCUCUUUAUUGUGAGAUGUUGGUGCUUGCCAACUGAGUUACCCCUUGGGGUUGCAUAUAUCAAUUGUUGUAAUUUGUUGGAAAUUCAAUUUUAGAUGAUACUUCCAUGUUAGCUUUU